UUCAGUCAAAUGGCUUUCCCAAUUCAUUUUUGCACCUGUCACAUUAUUUCUUCUGUCGUGACUGCGCAGCUUAGAGGGAACAUUGUUCAUAAGUCACUUUGGAUAAAAGAAUCUGCUAAUUGAAUGAAUAAAUGUUUGACGCUGAUAAUAUAUGAUAUUUACAGGAUAAACAGAGCACUAUGGACAGCAGCAACUCAAGCAAAAUGAAACAGACAUAUACUGAUUAUGUUUCUGACCAUGUCUACAAAGAUAUUUGUCAGGAUUGUUUUAAUGAGCUGAAGAAUUUUAUGAGAGUGAGUUCUCUGGUCUUCUACUACCUGACCUUGAUCCUCGGCGUUCCUGGAAAUGCAUUUGUCGUGUAUGUUGCUGGAUUGAAGAUGAAGAGGACUGUUAAUACAGUAGGGUUUCUCAAUCUAGCGAUUGCUGACCUCUUGUGCUGCCUUUCCACUCUUUACUAUGUGACCGAGAGCACUUUUAAUGAAAACUGGCCGUACGGAUCAAUAAUGUGCAAGAUUCUCACCUUCAUUAUGGUCAUCACCAUGUUUGCCAGCAUUUUCACCUUGAACUUGAUUAGUCUGGAUCGGUUUGCUCAGGUGAUCACGCCGGUUUGGGCUCAGAAUCAUCGCAGCUUGUUCAUCGCACGACUGUCCUGUGCAGCGGCUUGGAUUCUGGCUUCAAUUCUUAGUCUGCCUUGUAUGAUGUUUAAAGAGACUUGCACAGAAAAUAACAAAACAUACUGCCAGUAUCAACAUAAUGAAGACAAUUUCAAAUUGUAUGGAAGGUUAAGCAUCAUCAGAUUUGUGUUUGGCUUUUUGGUUCCUCUCAUAUGCAUCACAACAUGCUAUGGAUUCAUCGCACGCAAGUUAGGCAGGAGUCAUUUUCACUCUGGACGAGCGUUUCGCAUCAUGUUUGCUGUAAUCAUGGCCUUUUUUCUGUGCUGGUUGCCGUAUUACCUAGUGGAGUUGAUGAUAAUAUACGGAAAGAAAUCAAGUUCCUUGGUGGCUGUGGCUGUGGCAGUUUAUCCGUUGUCCGUCUCUUUGGCGUAUUUCAACAGCUGCCUGAACCCCGUUCUGUAUGUUUUCAUGGGGCAGGAUUUUAAGAGCAAUGUUAAACUUUCUCUAAGACAUGUUUUUGAAAGAGUUUUCUCUGAGGAGGGAACACAAGCGUCACGAUCCACACAGCCACAACACACACACUCUGUGUAGUGAAGAUAUCAGCUCAUUUAUACAGUUUUCUGAUUGAUUUUUAUUACUAUUCUAAUAAUGUUGUUCUAAUUAUUUAUUUUCGAAAUUCAUCAACUCUAAGUCACCAAGUCAUCUAACUCUUAUUCAUCCUCCCUGUGUUUUUUUUUUUUUUUUUUUUUCUUCCCUCUGUCUCUAUUGUUGAUGUAUUUUCAGUGAUUGGUGAUUUUUUGAACUAUCAUCAAAGAUUAACAUCACAAUGAUGGAACACUGAUGUUUGAUUAACUUUUUUGGUUGCUAUCAGCUUAGAAAAAGCUUGUAAUAUUUCAAUAAUAAUAGCAUGUGGUUUCUAUGCUGAAUUCAUGAAGAAAAUGAAAAAUGUAAUUUAAAGGUUGCAAUUGUGAAUAUAACAAAAACAGGUUUUAUUUUACUCUUCCUUAUCACAGUGAUUUAGUCAUUUUGGUGUUUUUCUACUUUAGUGUUGGAGUUAUGGAGUUGAUAACUCAAGAGCAAAGUGCAUGAUGUAUAAACAUUGUUUUAAAUAUAAAAUGCAAAAAGUUUUAUUUUAUCAUUAUUGUAAUGUUCAUUGAACCUUCAAUUCACUUGUAAUUUGAUUUUUUUAUUUUAAAUGAGGAUUGUGGCUAGAUAAUAAAAAGGACCAAAGUCA